GACUGCACUCUGGCAGGCUCACGCAGGCCCCUGCACGUCUCGUGGUCACAACAGAUGAGCGGCAGCCUUGACGGGCCAACUCUGAAACGGCGUGGUGGCGUGGUGGACCACCGGGAUGUCAUCUUGGCCCACCAAGCGCACAAAAUGCAUAGCACCCCUCAGGCCAGAAGGAAAGAGUGGGAAAUGGCCCGCUUUGGAGACGAGAUGCCGGGCCGCUACGGCGCAGGCGGAGGAGGCUCAGGGCCGGCCGCCGGGGUGGUCGUGGGCGCCGCGGGCGGCCGAGGAGCCGGGGGCAGCCGGCAGGGCGGGCAGCCCGGAGCGCAGAGGAUGUACAAGCAGUCGAUGGCGCAGAGAGCGCGGACCAUGGCCCUCUACAACCCAAUCCCCGUCCGCCAGAACUGCCUCACGGUCAACCGCUCCCUGUUCCUCUUCAGUGAAGACAACGUGGUGAGAAAAUACGCCAAAAAGAUCACAGAAUGGCCUCCCUUCGAGUACAUGAUCCUGGCCACCAUCAUUGCCAACUGCAUCGUCCUGGCCCUGGAGCAGCACCUCCCUGAUGAUGACAAGACGCCCAUGUCUGAGCGGCUGGAUGACACAGAACCAUACUUCAUCGGAAUCUUCUGUUUCGAGGCUGGAAUUAAGAUUGUGGCUCUCGGCUUUGCCUUCCACAAAGGCUCCUACCUGAGGAAUGGCUGGAACGUCAUGGACUUUGUCGUGGUGCUAACAGGCAUCUUGGCCACCGUCGGGACGGAGUUUGACCUACGGACACUGAGGGCGGUUCGUGUGCUGCGGCCACUCAAGCUGGUGUCUGGAAUCCCAAGUUUACAAGUCGUCCUGAAGUCAAUCAUGAAGGCGAUGAUCCCUCUGCUGCAGAUCGGCCUACUCCUGUUUUUUGCAAUCCUUAUUUUUGCAAUCAUAGGGUUAGAAUUUUAUAUGGGAAAAUUUCAUACCACCUGCUUUGAAGAGGGGACAGACGACAUCCAGAGUGAGUCGCCAGCUCCGUGUGGGACAGAGGAGCCCGCCCGCACCUGCCCCAACGGGACCAAAUGUCAGCCGUACUGGGAAGGGCCCAACAACGGCAUCACUCAGUUCGACAACAUCCUGUUCGCUGUGCUCACUGUUUUCCAGUGCAUCACCAUGGAAGGCUGGACUGAUCUCCUCUACAAUAGCAACGAUGCCUCAGGGAACACUUGGAACUGGUUGUACUUCAUCCCCCUCAUCAUUAUCGGCUCCUUUUUUAUGCUAAACCUUGUGCUGGGUGUGCUAUCUGGGGAGUUUGCCAAAGAAAGGGAACGUGUGGAGAACCGGAGGGCUUUUCUGAAGCUCAGGAGACAACAGCAGAUUGAACGUGAGCUCAAUGGAUACAUGGAGUGGAUCUCAAAAGCAGAAGAGGUGAUCCUUGCAGAAGACGAAACCGACGUGGAGCAGAGACACCCUUUUGAUGCUCUGCGGAGAGCUACCCUGAAGAAAAGCAAGACGGACCUGCUCAACCCUGAGGAGGCCGAGGACCAGCUGGGUGACAUUGCGUCUGUGGGGUCUCCUUUUGCCAGAGCCAGCAUUAAAAGUGCCAAGCUGGAGAACUCAACUUUUUUUCACAAAAAGGAGAGAAGGAUGCGUUUCUACAUCCGCCGCAUGGUCAAAACUCAGGCCUUCUACUGGACCGUGCUCAGUCUGGUAGCCCUCAACACGCUAUGCGUCGCCAUCGUCCACUACAACCAGCCCGAGUGGCUCUCCGACUUCCUCUACUAUGCAGAAUUCAUUUUCUUAGGACUCUUUAUGUCCGAAAUGUUUAUAAAAAUGUAUGGGCUCGGGACGCGGCCUUACUUCCACUCUUCCUUCAAUUGCUUUGACUGUGGGGUCAUCAUUGGGAGCAUCUUUGAAGUCAUCUGGGCUGUCAUAAAACCUGGUACAUCCUUUGGAAUCAGCGUGUUACGAGCUCUCAGGUUACUGCGUAUUUUCAAAGUCACAAAGUACUGGGCAUCUCUCAGAAACCUGGUUGUCUCCCUCCUCAACUCCAUGAAGUCCAUCAUAAGUCUGUUGUUCCUCCUCUUCCUGUUCAUCGUUGUCUUUGCCCUCUUGGGGAUGCAGCUGUUUGGUGGCCAGUUUAAUUUUGAUGAGGGGACUCCUCCCACCAACUUCGACACCUUCCCAGCAGCAAUAAUGACUGUGUUUCAGAUUCUGACGGGCGAGGAUUGGAAUGAGGUCAUGUAUGAUGGGAUCAAGUCUCAGGGGGGUGUGCAAGGCGGCAUGGUGUUCUCUAUCUACUUCAUCGUCCUCACCCUCUUCGGGAACUACACCCUGCUGAAUGUGUUCUUGGCCAUCGCAGUGGACAACCUGGCCAAUGCCCAGGAGCUCACCAAGGAUGAACAAGAAGAGGAGGAGGCAGCCAACCAGAAACUGGCACUACAGAAAGCCAAGGAGGUAGCAGAAGUGAGUCCCCUGUCUGCGGCCAACAUGUCUAUAGCUGUGAAGGAGCAGCAGAAGAACCAGAAGCCAGCCAAGUCCGUGUGGGAGCAGCGCACCAGCGAGAUGCGCAAGCAGAACCUGCUGGCCAGCCGCGAGGCGCUGUACGGGGACGCGGCUGAGCGCUGGCCCACCGCCUAUGCGCGCCCGCUGCGGCCCGACGUCAAGACGCACCUGGAUCGGCCGCUCGUGGUGGACCCGCAGGAGAACCGCAACAACAAUACCAACAAGAGCCGCGCGCCCGACGCGCUGCGCCCGACCGCGCGACCCCGCGAGAGCGCGCGGGACCCCGACGCGCGGCGCGCCUGGGCCGGGAGCCCUGAGCGCGCGCCUGGCCGGGAAGGCCCGUAUGGCCGCGAGAGCGAGCCGCAGCAGCGCGAACAUGCGCCCUGGGACGUGGACGCCGAGCACGUCAAGGCCGGGGACGCGCCUCGCCGCCACGUGCACCGGCCUGGGGCGGACGGGGAGCCUCGCCGUCACCGCGCUCGCCGCCGGCCCGGGGACGAACCCGAAGACAGGCCGGAGCGCAGGCCUCGUCCCCGCGAUGCCACCAGGCCGGCUCGUGCUGCUGACGGCGAUGGCGACGACGGGGAGCGCAGGCGGCGACAUCGACACGGGCCGCCAGCCCACGACGACAGGGAACGCAGGCACCGACGCAGGAAAGAGAACCAGGGCUCCGGGGUCCCCAUGUCUGGUCCCAACCUGUCCACCACCAGGCCAAUCCAGCAGGACCUGGGCCGCCAGGACUUGCCACUGGCCGAGGACCUUGACAACAUGAAGAAUAACAAGUUGGCCACCGGGGAGACUGUCAGUCCCCACGACAGCCUGGGCCACAGUGGCCUUCCCCCAAGCCCCACCAAGAUCGGGAACAGCACCAACCCUGGUCCCACCUUGGCCACCAACCCCCAGAACGCUGCCAGCCGCAGGAUGCCCAACAACCCGGGCAACCCGUCCAACCCUGGCCCCCCCAAGACCCCCGAGAACAGCCUUAUCGUCACCAACCCCAGCAGCACUCAGCCCAACUCAGCGAAGACUGCCAGGAAACCCGAGCACAUGGCGGUGGAGAUCCCCCCAGCCUGCCCGCCCCUCAACCACACUGUGGUCCAAGUAAACAAAAAUGCUAACCCAGACCCACUGCCAAAGAAGGAGGAAGAGAAGAAGGAGGAAGAGGAGGCAGACCCCGGGGAGGACGGCCCAAAACCCAUGCCGCCCUACAGCUCCAUGUUCAUCCUCUCCACCACCAACCCCCUUCGCCGGCUGUGCCAUUACAUCCUGAACCUACGCUACUUCGAGAUGUGCAUCCUCAUGGUCAUUGCCAUGAGCAGCAUAGCGCUGGCCGCCGAGGAUCCUGUGCAGCCCAACGCGCCCCGCAACAACGUGCUGCGGUAUUUUGACUAUGUUUUCACAGGCGUGUUUACCUUUGAGAUGGUGAUCAAGAUGAUCGACCUGGGCCUUGUCUUGCAUCAGGGGGCCUACUUCCGUGACCUCUGGAACAUUCUAGACUUCAUAGUGGUCAGUGGGGCCCUGGUGGCCUUUGCCUUCACGAGCAGUACACGUGGCAAUAGCAAAGGGAAAGACAUCAACACCAUUAAGUCUCUACGAGUCCUCCGGGUGCUACGACCUCUAAAGACCAUCAAGCGGCUGCCAAAGCUAAAGGCCGUGUUUGACUGCGUGGUGAACUCACUCAAGAACGUGUUCAACAUCCUGAUCGUGUACAUGCUCUUCAUGUUCAUCUUCGCCGUGGUGGCUGUGCAGCUCUUCAAGGGCAAGUUCUUCCACUGCACGGACGAGUCCAAGGAGUUCGAGCGAGACUGUCGAGGCAAGUACCUCCUGUACGAGAAGAACGAGGUGAAGGCCCGAGACCGAGAGUGGAAGAAGUACGAGUUCCACUACGACAACGUGCUCUGGGCCCUGCUCACGCUCUUCACCGUGUCCACGGGCGAGGGCUGGCCGCAGGUCCUCAAGCACUCAGUGGAUGCCACUUUUGAGAACCAGGGCCCCAGCCCCGGGUAUCGCAUGGAGAUGUCCAUCUUCUACGUGGUGUACUUUGUAGUGUUUCCCUUCUUCUUUGUCAACAUCUUUGUGGCCUUGAUCAUCAUCACCUUUCAGGAGCAGGGAGACAAGAUGAUGGAGGAGUACAGCCUGGAAAAAAAUGAGAGGGCCUGCAUCGACUUUGCCAUCAGUGCCAAGCCACUGACUAGGCACAUGCCCCAGAACAAGCAGAGCUUCCAGUAUCGAAUGUGGCAGUUCGUGGUGUCCCCACCCUUUGAGUACACCAUCAUGGCGAUGAUCGCUCUCAACACCAUCGUGCUAAUGAUGAAGUUCUACGGAGCCUCUGUGGCCUAUGAGAACGCCCUUCGAGUGUUCAACAUUGUCUUCACCUCCCUCUUCUCUCUUGAGUGUGUGCUGAAAGUCAUGGCUUUUGGGAUUUUGAAUUAUUUCCGUGAUGCCUGGAACAUCUUCGACUUUGUGACUGUUCUGGGCAGCAUCACAGACAUCCUCGUCACCGAGUUUGGGAAUCCGAAUAACUUCAUCAACCUGAGCUUUCUCCGUCUCUUCCGUGCCGCCCGACUCAUCAAACUCCUUCGGCAAGGUUACACCAUCCGCAUUCUCCUCUGGACCUUCGUGCAAUCCUUCAAGGCCCUACCAUAUGUCUGUCUCUUGAUCGCCAUGCUCUUCUUCAUCUACGCCAUCAUCGGGAUGCAGGUGUUUGGCAACAUCGGCAUUGACGGGGAUGACGAGGACAGCGACGAGGACGAGUUCCAAAUCACUGAGCACAAUAACUUCCGGACCUUCUUCCAGGCGCUCAUGCUCCUCUUCCGGAGCGCCACCGGGGAAGCAUGGCACAACAUCAUGCUCUCGUGCCUCAGUGGGAAGCCGUGCGACAAGAACUCCGGGAUCACCGCGGCCGAGUGUGGCAACGAAUUUGCGUACUUCUACUUCGUCUCUUUCAUCUUCCUUUGCUCAUUCCUGAUGCUGAAUCUCUUUGUUGCUGUCAUAAUGGACAACUUCGAGUACCUCACGCGAGAUUCCUCCAUCCUGGGCCCCCACCACCUGGAUGAGUACGUGCGUGUCUGGGCCGAGUAUGACCCUGCUGCCUGCGGCCGCAUUCACUAUAAGGACAUGUACAGUUUAUUGCGAGUAAUAUCGCCCCCUCUCGGCUUAGGCAAGAAAUGUCCUCAUAGGGUUGCUUGCAAGAGACUCCUGCGGAUGGAUCUUCCUGUCGCAGACGACAACACAGUGCACUUCAACUCCACCCUCAUGGCUCUGAUCCGAACAGCCCUGGAUAUCAAGAUUGCCAAGG